AUGUCGUUAUCCCAAUCGUCCGUGAUGAAAUUAUAUCAAUCUGUUAUUGAAGAUACAAUAAAUAGCUCCCGGGAAUUUUUCGCUGAAGAAGGUAUUGAUGAUCAAAUUUUAAUGGAGUUACGACAAUCGUGGGAAUCUAAAGUAAUGGCUAGUAAAGCAGUUGAUGCACCACCUCCUCAAGAAAUUACUCAACUUCCUAAAACUGUUACUUCAACUGUUGUCAAACAAACUAAAAGCCAAUAUGCUCCUACAAUAGUCAAUAAUUCUGUUCAUCAAUUAAAAAUGGUUCAACAACAAAAAAUACAACAACAACAUCAGCAACCACUUCAGCCACAGCAGCAACAACUACCGCAGCAGCAACAAUUACCACAGCAGCAACAACUACCACAGAAGCAGCAGCAGCAACAGCUACAGCAGAAGCAGCCACAACAACAACAGAACACUAUAGUUUUACCUGCAGAUUAUGCAAACAAAUAUGUACCAAUUCAAAUAACAUUACCAGCUCAGACUGGUUCCCAAGAAACAGGUUCUAGAAUUCUUUCUAUUCAAGUUCCAAGUUCUGCCAUACAAGGAAACAUGCUACAGAGUAUUCUUAGUGGUCCAGUAAUAACUAAUAGUAUGGCAAUGGCUACUCCGCUAGCUACAUCAUUUUUACAACAGCAUGUCAAUAGUGUACUUGCUGCUCAAUCAAUUUCAAGUGUUCAAAAUGUAGUUCAACCAGAAUUUAUAUCAGAUGUGCGAAAUACACAGCAACAGCAACAGCAGCAACUUCAACAAAAUAAUCAAGCAUUUAUUAGUGGAAAUGUGACUGGCGGUGUUAAAAGAACCAUUGCUCAGAUAGAUGGAGCUAACGAUUCUUCAACAUCAGAUGAUGAUGAUGAUGACGAUGAUGAUUUAGAUGAUGAUAUUGGUGAUAAUGAUGAUGAUGAUGAUGAAGAUGAUGACAAAGAUCAGAAUAGUGCUUCUGAUGCUGAGCCAUUAAAUUCUGGUGAUGAUGUAAGUGAUAUUGACAAUGGUGAAUUAUUUGAAACUGAAAAUGUUAUUGUUUGCCAAUAUGAUAAGAUUACUCGUAGCAGAAAUAAAUGGAAACUUUAUUUUAAAGAUGGUAUAAUGAGUUUAAAUGGUUAUGAUUAUGUCUUCCAAAAAGCAACUGGUGAUGCUGAGUGGUAAGAGGUGAUAUAUUUUGUGUUAUAGUUACAAUAAAUGUUAAGUACUCUGUAUGAAUCAAUUGUAUGUAUUAAAUAAAUUGUUCUCAAGUUUUCUUUAAUGUAUAAAAUUACUUUAGAUUUUUAAGUAAAUUCCCAAAUAAUUAAAUUUGAUUUAUGUACAUACAAUUAUGUCAUAUUCUUUAUAAAAAUGUGGAGGUAUUAUAUUUUAACAAUCAAUAAAGUUUCCUAUCAAUUUAGUUUGAAUAACAAUAAUACAAAAUAUAAUAUA